CGGCGGCGGCGGGAUGGAGAGGGGCGAGCCGGCGGGGGUGUUGGCGGAGCAGAGCCUGGUGCUGUGGACGCUGUGCUCCGUGCUGCUGCCCGUGCUCCUCACCCUGUGGUGCAGCGUCCGCAGGUCCAGGAGGCAGCUGCUCCGCAAGGACAUCUUCCGCCAGAGCCAGCACGCCUGGCACGACGCCGACCUGUUCGGCCAGCCCACCUACUGCUGCCUGUGCGCCCAGCACAUCCUCCGCGGGGCCUUCUGCCACUGCUGCGGCCUGUGCGCCCACGAAGGCUGCCUGGACCCAGCCGACCGCCGCUUCCCCUGCAAGGAGAUCAUGCUCAAGGCCCACCCCGGCGGCGUCCCCGACGCGGCCCACCGGUGGAUCCGCGGCAACGUCCCCCUCUGCAGCCACUGCCUCGUUUGCAAGCAGCAGUGCGGCAACCAGCCCAAGCUCUGCGACUACAGGUGCAUCUGGUGUCAGCAAACAGUUCAUGAUGAUUGUAUGCAAAGUUAUUUAAGGAAUGAAAAAUGUGAAUUUGGAGAAUUUAAAAAUCUCAUCAUUCCACCAAGUUACCUAACCUCCAUUCAUCACAUGCGAAAAGGCAAAAUAACUGAUUAUGGAAAGUUAGCAUCCCCCUUUGGAAAACAGUGGACCCCAAUAAUAAUCCUGGCUAACACUCGGAGUGGAAAUAACAUGGGGGAGAUACUGUUGGGAGAACUGAAGAUCCUGCUAAACCCCGUCCAGAUUUUUGACCUGAGCAAGACUCCCCCGAUCAAAGCUCUGCAGCUCUGCACUCUGCUCCCGCCCAAUUCUGCCCGCGUGCUGGUUUGUGGAGGAGACGGGACGGUAGGCUGGGUCCUGGACGCGGUGGACGAGAUGAAGCUCAAGGGGCAGGAGAAGUUCAUUCCCCACGUGGCAGUCUUGCCGCUGGGCACAGGCAACGACCUGUCCAAUACCCUGGGUUGGGGGGCUGGUUAUGCUGGCGAAAUCCCAGUGGAGCAGGUCUUAAGGAACGUCAUGGAAGCGGACGAAAUUAAACUGGACCGGUGGAAGGUUCAGGUGACCAAGAAAGGAUACUACAAUUUAAGAAAGCCAAAGGUGUUGACCAUGAACAACUAUUUUUCCAUUGGCCCCGAUGCUCUGAUGGCUCUCAAUUUUCACACUCACCGUGAGAAGACACCAUCUCUGUUUUCUAGCAGAAUUAUUAAUAAGGCUGUGUAUCUCUUUUACGGAACCAAAGAUUGCUUAGUUCAAGAGUGUAAAGACCUGAAUAAGAAAGUUGAGCUAGAAUUGGAUGGAGAGAGAGUAGAACUGCCCAACCUGGAAGGCAUCAUCGUGCUCAACAUCGGCUACUGGGGCGGCGGCUGCCGGUUGUGGGAAGGGAUGGGCGACGAGACUUACCCCCUUGCCAGGCAUGACGACGGUCUGCUGGAGGUGGUCGGGGUGUACGGCUCUUUCCACUGUGCCCAGAUCCAAGUGAAACUGGCCAACCCGGUCCGGAUAGGGCAGGCCCACACCGUCCGACUGAUCCUGAAGAGCUCGGAGAUGCCGAUGCAGGUGGACGGCGAGCCCUGGGCCCAAGGCCCGUGCACCGUCACCAUCACCCACAAGACCCACGCCCUCAUGCUGUGUCACCCCGGGGAGCAGAGCGACGACGACGACGACGUCUCCAGCGCCUCGGAACCGGAGUCCCCGAGGGCGGCGGCGCCGGACCGCCCAGAGCUGUGAGCCCCGCCGGCCCGGGGAGGGGCGUCCGGGGCGUCCGCCUUAACCAGGAGUCCGAGCUCGCGCCACGAGGAGUUGGAGACCUCCGCUUCUGGGCCGGGGACGGGGUGGGGGAGGCUGCCUCGGGGCCGGGCUGGAAACGGUGGGGAGCGAUGGGGCCAGUGGGACCGGGGGCGGGACCCCCGCCGCCCCCGGCGAUGCCGCGGGGCCCGGGGAGGCUCGGCCGGUCUCGCGACGGGCGGUUCCAGGGCCCCGGAUCAGGGUCGCCGUGAAGAGGGGGCGAUCUUCAGGGUCGGGACCGGCUCUGCCGGCCAGCGACUCCUCUCUCCGGGCCGGGGACCGGGGCAGAGUCGGCCACCGUCUCUCGAAUUGCAAGACAUCGACGCCGAGUUCCCGCGAAUCCGGAAUAUGUCGGUCAGCGCCACCAGGCCCGCGAUGAAGUGCCCCACCAGGGCGAGAGUUGGAACCCUACGCUCUCACUCUUUCGCCCCGGGUGCCCUCAGGUAGACCGACCCGCAGCCAAGAAAACCGAGGUCCUCCUUCCUUUUCUCUCUGACUUUUCAGUCUAGGUGAGUUGUAACUUUUUCAUUUUUUUUAAACCGCCUCUAAAAGGGACGACCUAAGCCAGG